AUGCCUCCCCUCCCCCCGGAAUCAAGGCAGCCCGGGGGCGGCCCCGCAAGGUCCCCCCCAAGCUUCACCCUCCGCGGCGCGCACCUGAGGAGCCGGGCGGCCGCGGCGUGCCAGCCGCGCUCACACCUGCUGCCGCCGGCCCGCGCCCGGCCGCUCCCCCGGCCCCGCUCGGGCCCCCUCCCCUCGCUUGCCUGGGCUCCUCGCUCGCCUCCUCCCGGCGACUCCAGCAGGGGCCGGCGCCGGACCAGCCGCCGCUCUCCGCGCCGCACCUCGCUCGGCGCAUGCAACCCCCGCUCCGCGGCCUCCACACCUGCGGCGCCGCCGCCGCCAAGUUCCCGCGGGCGGCCGAACGCGGGCCGCCCCGCUGCGCUGCGGCCGGACUCCCGGGAGCCGCGCGACCCGCCGGGCCCCGCUCCACGUACCCCGCCCCGCCCCGGCUCGAGCUCGGCAGAGGGGGUGAGGGCACGGGAGGGAGGAGGAGGAGGGAGGAGCUCCCCUCGGCGGCCGCACCCCGCCGCCGCCUGCCUGCCUGCUCGCCGCGGCCCAGCGGCCCCGCUCGCCCGCUCGCCUCCGGGCCGCCCCACCCCCGGAACCUCGCCUCCUUCCGCGCCCCCAGUCGCUCUCCCCCUAAACUUUCCGCCAAGAUGGCGGCCCCGGAGCUGGCCUGCCGCGCGCCCACGUGACUGCCCUCCCCGACGCUCUCGGCCAAUGAGAAGUGAGGAGGCGGCUCGCUGCCAGCCCGGGGCAUCCAGCGCUGCUACCUUGGGCUUGGGAGAGGGAGGAGGGCCGGGAGCGGGGAUUGGAGAGCUGGAGAGGGGGGACCCCGGGAGCAUCCAGGGGAAGGCGCCCGGCCCGCGGGGGCUCCCGGCCGAGUGGCUCCGAGGACAAAGGAGUUGA